CCGGGCGGCGCAGUGCUGCCAGAUGCGGUGGAGUCACAGCGGCGUGGGGCGUGUGGGGCGGCGGCGCGCGGGCAUGGGGGCGCGGGCUGCUCUCGCCGCCCCGCGCUGAGGGCCGGGCCGGGCCGGGCCGGGUCGUGGCCGGCGGCGCAGCGAAGCGGGGCCGAGUGUGGCGUGGCCGCGGCUGUGGCUGCGGGGAUCCUGCCUCUGCUCGUGGCAGCCUGCUGUCACCCUCCCGUCUGGCAAUGGGGAAUGGACUCUCGGACCAGACGCCGAUCCUGUCCAGCCUGCCUUCCUUCCAGUGCUUUCACAUCGUGAUCCUGGGGCUCGACUCGGCUGGGAAGACGACCGUGCUCUACCGACUGCAGUUCAACGAGUUUGUCAACACCGUCCCCACUAAAGGAUUUAACACGGAGAAGAUCAAGGUGACGCUGGGUAACUCUAAGACGGUCACUUUCCACUUCUGGGAUGUGGGCGGCCAGGAGAAGCUGAGGCCCCUGUGGAAGUCCUACACGAGGUGCACCGACGGCAUUGUGUUUGUGGUGGACUCGGUCGAUGUUGAGAGAAUGGAGGAAGCCAAAACAGAACUUCAUAAAAUUACUAGGAUAUCGGAAAAUCAAGGAGUGCCUGUGCUUAUAAUUGCUAACAAACAGGACUUGAGAAACUCUCUUUCCCUCACUGAAAUUGAGAAAAUGUUAGCAAUGAGUGAGCUGAGUUCUUCUACUCCCUGGCAUUUGCAGCCUACCUGUGCAAUCAUUGGAGAUGGACUCAAAGAGGGACUGGAAAAAUUAUAUGAUAUGAUAAUUAAGCGAAGGAAAAUGUUGAGACAGCAGAAAAAGAAGAGAUGAGUUCUAUUUUGACCUUUUUCUUUUAGAGUAGUUACACGGUCAAAAUUUGACAUGAGACAGCUUCCAAACCCAGGCCUGCUUGUUUGGAUGCCGUUAAGCUUAGUUAUGUUAAACAAUCGGUUGCACAACCUUGCUGUGUGGAAGGCUGUGCAGUUAUGGAACUUUUUUUUUUUUUUCUUUCGAUAGUCUCUUCUGAGUUUUAAGGCUCUGCAUUAUUUCAGAAGCCCUAAUAGAUAAUGUAAUACUAUCAGGAAAUGGAUGGGUGGGUAAAUGUGACAUGGAUGUCUAAAUAGCCAAAUAAAAUGAGGGUUUUUGCUUAGUGUUGUAUUCAUAUGUUUGAGGGUACCCUCUGCAAGCAGUUCGCAUCGAAGGUGUUCUGUGUUUUUAAACUUCUAAUGCUCGUAAGUGGAGUGUUUAGGUGAACAUUAUACAGCUUUAAAAAAAUGUAUGGAGCUAGUAACCCAUUAUUUCAAGAGGCUGUUUUUUAUCUUAUUUGGGGAUUUCUAUGAAAGCUUGGCUACAUGUGUAGUUUUUUAAUUUGGCACUUUUGAAAUCGAAUCAUGUUCAGUUCAAAUACUUGAAACUUCAGUGCUGUGGAUCCUUCAGCUGAUAAAGACUUGUUUGACAAGUAGAAUAUAAACAACACGCUGGAGCAUGGAAAAGUGAUUUCCCAACGUAUAGCAUGUUUUUGGUAUGUAAGGCUUUUAUUUCUUAGAAGUAGCCAUUCAUCACUAUACAGUGCUAAUCAGGUUUAAACUACUUGUAUAUCACUAAGAAAUUUACUCAAAGUUCUUAAUUUAUUUUUGAAUGAUGAGUGUUAUGUCCUCAUGCUAUCAACUUAAGAGUAAAUUAAUUGCGGUAAGGGAGUUACAAAGAACAACUUUGGCUGUUGUGGUUGUAACCAGUGCAGUAUUUUUAGCUCUGUUGGUGAUGUUUUUGGCAAUAAAACUAAAUCAUAAUGAAGUAAAGAUGGAGUUAAACUUAGCAGAACACAUCUUGUAUCUCCCCAAAAUACCCAUUUUAUUAAAGUGGUAUUGCUCUGUCACUUUCAACGUAUGCUUUUUUUUUUUUUUAAUUGUGACUUUUAAAGUAUUUUGUGGUUAGAAAUGUAUUAAUGCUUUAUACACUCAAAACAUUUGACACUAUGGGGGUGGGGAGCGGGGAAGAAGAUUUUAAAGAUGGGCCUGUGUUCUGCUUUAGUUAUGCUUUAAGCUGUUCUUGUUUACAGAGUGUGCAAACAGUGUUAACUGGGCAGGAUAGUGCUUGACAGAAAAGGGAGGAUAGUUUUUUUUCUUACUGGUACAGAGCUUCAAGUGACUCUUUAGAUACUUGGCUAGUGAUUAAAAGGGCUAAAACAGAGCCUGUAUUUUUAAGACUAACUUUAGUGGUGCUGUAAAAAUUCAUCAGAAUGUUAGAUUCUCUUCAGACUUUUGUUGGAAAUACCAGAUUAAAAAAAAAUGAAAAACCUAUUUCUUCCUCUUAUUCAGCCAGCAAAGUAAUACAUUUUUCUUACCUGCUGUCAUGUAUCAUGAGGAUGACAGCUACAAACCUGAAUGUCAAUCAAUGUAACUUAGAUAUGUUUAAAAAAAAUUUUUUUUUAACCAGCAGCUGUUUGUCCAGGAGGUAACCAAAAAUGCACUUUAGUGUCUUCAAUAACUGAAAGUAACAGCUGUUUUUUUUUGUUUUUUUUUUUUACUUUUUUUUCUUUCUAUGACAUCUUGGUCCUUUUUGAAUAAACUGAAGUAGCUUCCAGUGGAGCUUUUGUAUGUUGGUUAUAUAUGUACCUGCACUGGUGACAUUGUAAGUCACUUACUCAAGUAAUGUCUAUAUUUAUAGAAAUGUGGAUGACUUCUUAAACCUCAAUAAACAAUUCAAAACAA